CACAUAGUUACCUCUUAUACAUAUAAGAUGAAACCUUUCGUGCUCAUUGCUACCUUGGUAGCUUUAGUCCAUGGACGUCCUGAAGCCGGUUACUCUUACCCGAAACCAGGUGGUUCGAUCUCCGGUGGAUCCAUCUCUGGUGGAUCCAUCUCCGGCCAUGGAGGUGGUUUCGGUGGAAUUGGCUUAGGCGGUGGCCAUGGAGGAAGCUUCGGCGGAAUCAGUCAUGGAAGCUCUUACAGCUCUAGCCACAGCUCUGGAUUUGGAGGCAGCUUCGGCGGCAUCAGCGGAGGACAUGGAAUCAGCGGUGGACAUGGAAUCGGUGGAGGAAUUGGUGGCAGCGGAAUUGGCGGUGGUUUCGGUGGAAUCAGCGGCGGUGGUCAUGGAAUCGGCGGUGGUGACAUCGGUGCUGGUGGAUUUACCAGCGGUGGCUCCAUCGGAGGUGGUGCUAUCGGCGGUGGAUUCUCUUCCGGCGGCGGUUUCGCAUCCGGAGGCGCUAUUGGCGGUGGAUUCUCUAGCGGUGCUGUUGGCGGUGGAUUCUCCAACGGCGGCUUCACCAGCGGUGGAUCAACUGGCGGAGUUACCGUCCAGAAGCACAUCUACGUCCAUGUCCCACCACCAGAGCCAGAAGAAAUCCGUCCACAAAGACCAAUCCAAGUAGCCGCCCCACAAAAGCACUACAAGAUCAUCUUCAUUAAGGCCCCAACUCAAGCCACCCCAACUGCCCCAACCAUUCCGAUCCAAGCUCAAAACGAAGAGAAGACCCUCGUCUACGUCUUGGUCAAGAAACCAGAAGAACAACCAGAAAUCACCAUCCCAACUGCCGCCCCAACUCAACCCAGCAAACCAGAAGUUUACUUCAUCAGAUACAAGACCCAAAAGGAAGCCGCUGCUGCUGGUGGAGUUAUUGGAGGCGGUAUUUCUGGAGGAGCUAUCGGAGGCGGUAUCUCCGGCGGUGCUAUCGGUGGUGGCAUCUCUGGCGGUGCUAUUGACGGCGGUCUUACUGGAGGAGCUAUUGAUGGAGGUCUCAUCGGAGGUAGCGGCCACGGAAUCAUUGGAGGCGGCAGCUCUCACGGAAUCAUCGGAGGCGGCAGCUCUCACGGAAUCAUCGGAGGCGGCAGCUCUCACGGAAUCAUCGGAGGAUCUUCCACCAUCAUCAGCGGAGGAAGCUCCCACGGAAUCAUCAGCGGAGGCAGCUCUCACGGAAUCAUCGGCGGAGGAAGCUCCCACGGUUCCGUCUCCACUAGCUACGGUCCACCAGGACAAAGCGGCCCAUACUAAAUCCUUAGUCACUACUAGACAUGUGUACGGGUAGCGAGAUUAAGUCAAUCAAAAUCAACUAAUCUCGUCACACACCAUGACAUUCCCAUAUGGGUUUAUGUGAUAAUCCCAUUUAGCAUAAUCACUUGUAUAUAUUUUUCAUGCGUG